AUGCCUACCACUACAACUGGGCCAAUGUCCACUUGCACACCAGAACCGACGUGCAUGUAUACUCCUCAGGAGACGCCCGCAAUUAAAACAGGACACAGACCCACUUGCACACCAGACCGGACGCCCAUGUUUAUUUCUAAGGAGACACCCGCCACUACAGCAAGGCCCACGUCAUCUAGUGCACCAGACCCGACGCCAAUGUCUACCCAUAAGUCGACGCCCGCCCCUACAACAUGGUCCAGAACAACUUGCACACCAGUCCUGACGUUUAUGUCUACUCCUAAAGCGACGCCCAUCACUACAACAGGGCCUACGGCCACUUGCACACCAGGCCUGACGCUCAUGUCUACCCCUCAGGCGAAGCCCGCCACAACAGCAGGACCCCGACCCUCUUGCACACCAGACCUGACGCUCAUGUCUACUCCUCAGGCGUCGCCCGUAUCUACAGCAGGACCAAAACCCUCUUGCACACCAGAACUGACGCUUAUGUCUACCCCUCAGGCGAAGCCCGCAACUACAGCAGGACCAAGACCCUCUUGCACACCAGACCUGACCCUCAUGUCCACCCCUCAGGCGAAGCCCGCCACUACAGGAGGACCAAGACCCUAUUGCACACCAGACCUGACGCUCAUGUCUACCCCUCAGGCGAAGCCCGCCACUACAGCAUCCUACGGCCACUUGCACACCAGACCUGACGCUCAUGUCUAA